AUGCCGACGGAUACCUGCUACGAUUUUCCCCUGCUCAAGGGCGAAGUGAAUGUUAUCGUGCAAGACGCUGUGCGUAGUGUGCUGGAGGGAAAUGUGUACGACAACAGCAAGGCAAACGACUGGGUCAACAUGGUGACGAGUGCUUGCAUUGAAGACCUGAAGCGCCUUUGCCCGAAUUUCAAGUACAUCGUGACUUGUUUUAUUCGGCAACGAAAAGGAGCAGGAGUCGAGAUCGGCAGCGGCACGUAUUGGGACGAAAAGUCCGAUGGGUCUUGCACUGUGCAAUGGGAGAAUGCAACCAUCGCAACAGUCUUGUACGUCUACGGUUUGGCAAUAUGA